AUGGAAAGCUUAAAGGAGCAGAUUGCGGGGUGGCCCCAGUUCUCCUAUGUCCAGGCGCUUGCUGGGUGGUUCGUGCUAUGGACUGCGCUGGUCAGCAUUCCACCGGGGCACACGGAGCAAAAGAAUGUCAUCAUGAUGAACAUGGCGCACGGCGCAGUAGCGACGAGCCUGGCGGUGGUGACAAUCCUGACGGGGUGCGACAGCACCUUUUCUACGGCGUCAAGCGUGGCCUUCUUCGCAGUCGAUGCCCUGGUGAUGAUCUCCAACGGACGGAGACAGAAACGCCUCGGGGAGAAGCUCGACUCCCCGGCGCGAGCGAUGGACUACGCCCAUCAUCUGAUCGGUGCGGUGUACGGAACCUUUCUUCUUUUCGGGCAACAGGUGGUUUGCCAGCCGUCAUGCCCGGCACCGAACCUCUACACCUACGCCCAGACCAACGAGUUCAGCACCCCCUUCUACGGCUUGUAUCGCCUCACCAGGCACCCUAUCGCUGGCGGUCUCUUCGCGCUAGCCUUUUUUGGAAGCCGGAUCGUGUUCAACUUCAUGUACCUCGUACCGUACUCGUGGAGCCAUUGCACCUUUAGCGGUUUCAUGGCCAUCGCCGCACCCUACCAACUCCUACAGGUGGUGUGGAUGUUCUUGAUCAUGAAGAAAGUGGCGGCUAGCCUGACCUGCGGUAGAAAGCCGAAAGCAGCCAAGGUCGCUUAG